CGGGGGUGGGGGGCGGGAGGGGGGCAGUGCAAUCGGGACGAUCGUCCCCGCGGGAGAAUUUUGGGCGUAAAAUGGCAGCAGCCGCCUAUGUGGAUCAUUUCGCAGCCGAGUGCCUUGUUUCCAUGUCCAGCCGGGCGGUCAUCCACCGGGCCGAGGAGGACGGGCCCGGCCGGGGGGGAGAAGCCCCGGGCCCGAGGCCUUUCCCGCCGGCCGAGGACCGGAGGGAAGGGAAGGACAACGCCUCUCUGUUCGUGGUGGCCCGGAUCCUGGCGGACCUCAACCAGCACGUCCCCGACCCCCUGCAGAAAAAAGAAAAUCAGCCCAAGAGGGAGAAGGGGGCCCGGCGGGGCCCGGCCGAAGAGGAGCAGCCCUCCGGAGGGACGGGCCUGGGCCCCGGCGGGCUGGUCCCGGGGCCCGGAGGGCUGGUCCUCGGCCCCGGGGGGCGUCCGGAGGGGCCGGCCGCCCCCGGGAGCCCGGCCCCGGCCCCCGGCCCCGGCCCCGGCCUCAGACAAAGGAGCCGGAGGGGGCGAGGCCGACCCGAGCCCGACUCCCCCCAGAAGAAGCACAGAUGCCACUACGCGGGAUGCGAAAAAGUUUAUGGGAAAUCCUCCCACCUCAAAGCUCAUCUGAGGACUCACACAGGCGAGAGGCCCUUUGCCUGCAGCUGGGAGGAAUGCGACAAGAAGUUCGCCCGUUCCGACGAGCUGGCCCGACACUACCGCACCCACACGGGAGAGAAGAAGUUCUGCUGCCCGAUCUGUGAGAAACGCUUCAUGCGCAGCGACCACUUGACCAAGCACGCCCGUCGUCACGCCAACUUCCAUCCCAGCAUGCUGCAGCGUCGCAGCGGGGGCAGCCCAAGGACGGGAUCUGUCAGUGACUACAGCCGCUCGGAUGCCAGCAGCCCCACAAUUAGCCCCGCCAGUUCUCCGUGAACUUACCUGCACUGGACAUCAGCACUUUGGGCCUCAGCAGAACCUAAUAUACUUUGUGGAGUUUGAUUUGUGUUGCACACGUCUAGAACGCUAUUGCUUGUUGUCGGUGUUUAAUUUUUUUUUUUUUUUAAUAAUUCAAUACGUUCCUGCCUCUCACUGCAGUUUCUAAGCAAAUACUUUUCACCUCAUCCAGUGGGUGGCCGAACUAACCUCACAAACGGACGGAUCUUGGUGUUUCACUUAAUAAUGCCUAUACCUGAAUAUUCCUUUUGUUUCAUAGCCCUAGGCAGAUGCCCUUGCUUCUUGUUGUUGUUUUUUUUUUUUUAGAAAAAAAUCACUUUAAAAAGCAAACAAAAAACAACUUUUCUUCACCUCAGGUGUAAAAGCAGUUUUGUAAAAACAAAUUGCACAAUAAAACACCCAUAUGAGUAAAAUUCAA